UGUUUCCCGUUGAAUCCCCGUUCCAGCUGGAUGCUGUCGCUGCCCUCCUGGCUCACUGGCGAGCACGGCGCGCUGAUGGUCGGCGCCGGUGUUGGCGUCACUGGGCAGCUGCGGCGCCCGAACGAGUCCGCGGACGACUUUCGCGAUCGCAUCACCGACCAGUACCACCAAGUCGAGCACUCGCUCACUGGAGUGAACGGGCAACAUCAAGCAGCAGCAACAGCAGCAGCAGCAGCGCGCAGAGCUGCCCGGGGUGAUCGUCGUGGCCACGAUGAUCCUGACGCUGGGCCAGUCGAGCGGCUCCUCGCGACCCCCGCCCAGCGCGAGAUGGCCCUCGUCGACGACCUGCUCGACGUCAUGAUGGGACUCGAUGGACGGUUUAUCACGGUGGUGGACGCCGGCGCAGUGGACGCCAAGCGGUACCAUGUUCACACCGCAAUGGACUUUUCAUUGCGACAACUCGCGGAUCGCGUUCUGCCGCUCUGUGCCAACUACCAACGCGUCAGCACGUUUGUUGCCGAGCAUUCAAUGAACAUGCAGGAUGGCCGAGUUUUGCACGCGCUGUGUGCUGCACUCCGACGUGUACUCAAAGAGCAUCUCAUGCUGGUCGCGCAGCUCGAACACCUCGCCAUGCAAGGGGAUCUCUCGCUCCAAAAGCUGUGGUUUCUCGUCCAGCCGUGCCUGCGUUCGAUGGAAAUCACUGCAGUGCUGUGUACCGACAUUGACGUGCAGCAAAUCCGAGGUGCUGCCGUCUUGUCCUUGCUGCACAACCGCGCAUUGUGCAUGAUUGGUGACUCAAAAGGCCAGGAAUUGUGCCUCUUUUUGGCAACGGCGGCGUCGCAGCCCUACCUCGACAGUCUGUCGGCCUGGAUCUGGAAGGGCAAGAUUGACGAUCCUUUGCACGAGUUUCUUGUGCGCGAGGAUCCCUCGGUCGUCAAAGAAGGGCUUACCACAACGUUCAAUGACCGGUACUGGGAAACGCGCUACACGCUUUCCGAGGCAGAUGUGCCAGUGUUUUUAAAGUCGGUCGCCCGGCGCGUGCUAGACGCCGGCAAGUAUUUGAAUGUGCUGCGCGAGUGUGGCGGCAAAGGACCGGCGCUUCCAGAGGCUGCGUCUCGCCCAAUCGUAUUUUCAGUGUCCGAGCGCGACUACACGAACGCCAUUGACGUCUCGUUGGAGCAUGCCAGUCUUGCGCUUUUGGAUUUGCUCAUGAACAAGCGGUGCCUGCGGCAGCGCUUGCGAGCGAUUCGUGAUGUCUUUCUUCUGCAACGCGGCGAGCUGUUUGUCAUGUUCACCGACAGUGCUGCGGAAGAACUCGCCAAAAACUCGAGCGAGGUUUCCGUGUCUCGGCUCGAUGCCUUGUUUGAAAUUGCCGUGCGGGCCAUUCCGGGACUGUGGGUGACCGAGUCUGACGAUAAUGUUGACGCAGAGAGCGGCAAUGACGUUGGUGUGGACGAACAAGCUGCGCAACUUGCUCGCGCUGGAUCUUCCAAGCACUCUGCCAUGCUUCUUGACCAAGUUCAUUGCGUUCUUCAGCCGAUUCAUGUGAUUACCCAGCUCUUCCAAAUUAUUGACAUCAGCACUGGCCAAGUCAAUCGGACGUCCAACUUGUCGGGCGCCAACAAUAGCCAGCAGCAACUGAAAGGAUUUGAAGCCUUUGCAUUUGAUGCCGACGUCAAAUUCCCAGUCUCGCUGGUGUUGAGUCGGACCUCGUUGACAAAGUAUCAAGUCCUUUUCCGCCACCUGUUCAACUGCAAAACGAUUGAGCGCUCGCUCUUCUCGGCGUGGUCUGCUCUGAAAAAUAUCAAACAGAUUGCAGCAACGCCCAACAGCGGAUUUACCUUUGCGCUGGCACUGCUCCAGCGCAUGCUGGCAUUUAUCAAUCCCUAUCAGCACUACAUGGUGGUUGAUGUGAUUCGGCCUCGCUGGCAACAGCUGGAGACGGAGAUGGACACGGCGCGAAGUGUCGAUGAUGUGAUUACUGCCCACACGGCCUUCCUCGACGGCUGUCUGUUGGAUUGUUUGCUGACAAAUGCCACGCUGCUGAAGAUCCUGAGCAAAAUUUUGUCCAUUGCAGGAAUCUUUGCUGGCUUUGUCGUGAGGUUUGGCAACAGUCUGCACGUUGAAAUCUCUACCGCAGCCGCAACUGGUCGCCCAGCCGCUGCUCCUGCUGCUUCAAGCAACCGGUCUGUGGCGCUCGCCAAACUUACUCAUUCUCGGCGCGCGCAGUAUUUGAGUGCGUCGCAGCAUGCAAAUCUCGCGACUCAACAAGCGGGAUUUUUGGAGAGCCUGCAGCGAUUCGAAAGCACAUUCACAUCGCAGGUUCUGGGGCUGAUGGAUGAGCUUGCUGUGGAUGGGAUGUUGACUGCAGAUCUUGUCACGUUGCUGGACUACAACGGGUUUUACAGCGAGAUGAUGCUGACCCUGCGGCAAGCUUCCAGCACCGAGGCAUCCAAGGCGGCGCCGGCCGCACCCCUGCAGCAACAGCAACAGCAACAGCAACAGCAACAGCAACAGCAACAGCAACAGCAACAGCAACAGCAACAUCAACAACAACAGCAACAACAACAGCAACAACAGCGAGCGACACCACCUCAAAUUCCCGCUACCCAGAUUCCGGGAAUUGGAGCGACUGCGACUCAGGCCCGUGUCCCCAUUUCUGGGUCGUCAUCUGUGCCAGUCAAGACAACCGUCGUAUCAAAUCUUAUUUCGUCAAAGCCAGGAGCAGGAGUAGCAGGGGGAAUUGUUGCUCCGACACCCGCUGUUGCAUCCACUCGCACCAGCGGUCCAACUACUGCCGCCGCCAUACCUGCGACCUCAUCCCCAGUUCAUGUCAGUCCGUCUGCGUCCUUGACACAUUCGAUCUCUACGGCAGCGAAGCCUACAUUGCCAGCUUUCUCGCUGUUAGAUGGCGCUCGCACGUUGCCGAUCAGCUCCCGUCCGGUAUCUGCUUCUUCUACCUCCUCCGUUUCACCCCUGUCUUCCAUCUCGGGCGCCAGCACGCCACUUCCUACUGUAGCAACGGUCACCACGAGCGGCUCUUUCAACGCGACAUUCCGACCGACACAGCAAAGUGCAGGCACUCCUGGUAUUUCGCAGCGCGCGACUUCAUCGGAACGUCCUGAGAGCUCAGCGCUCGCGCCUCUGAGUCCUGUGUCUGCCAGCAGCAGCAGCACAACCACACCCGCGGCGGAUACUUUUGCAUCCGGUGCGCCAGUCUCACUUCAAUCUCGCUUGAACGAACCAAUCCGUGCAACUUCUACGAAUUCCAGCUUGACAUCAACUUCUUCCGUCUCGGGAGCCACAGCGCCAUCUGUGCCGUCGUUGACAACGUUGACCGCCACCAACAACAACAACCGGUCUACGACUUCAGUGCAACCCGCUGCCGCCAGCUCUGGUCCAGCUCCCGCCGCCUCUUCUGCAGCAGCCUCGUUCCAACCUUCUGCAGCUCUGGCAGCUUAUAUGGCGCGACGCCAACAACAACAGCAGCAGCAAAAGCAAUCGGCCACUGAGCAACCUCCGCCGUAGUCGAGGCGUAGUUAAUGUUGGAUGAAAUGGUGCAAACUGGAACUGUUGUGCUUUUUGCUGAAUGAUGACCGUCUUUUCGGUACACAUGCUCAGUUUCAACUGCAUCAAUCAACAAGAAAUGAAG